AUGGCUCGCGCAUCUCCCGGCAGGUCGUCGGUUUGGAAUGCGGGCUUUCCGAGUUUGCUGUUGGGUCGCCUUUCGGACAGCAGGUGGCAGUCAAGAGUCUGUGUGGCCAUGAUCCUGGGGGUCCUAGUGCUGCAAUUUGGCUCGAUGGCUUUGCCUGCUCUUCGGAAUCCUGGGGCAAUGAUGAAGCCUAGCCGCCUCGCCCUCUUCCCUUAUUCCUGCCAUUCUGGGGGACCCCGAUUUUUCAAACUUUCUAUUCAUAAUCGGUACCUGGCCAUCGUCCAUGCUGUGUUUGCUCUGAAAGCGAGGACAGUCACCUUUGGCAUUCUGACAAGUGUCAUCACUUGGGUGGUGGCUGGGCUUGCCUCUCUCCCAGCAAUCAUCUUCACCAAAUCCCAAAAGGAAGGUAUCCAACACACCUGCAGCCCUCAUUUCCCCUCAGAGCAGUUUUCUGCCUGGAAGAACUUCCAAACUUUAAAGAUGAAUCUGUUGGGGCUGGUGGUGCCCCUUUUAGUUAUGAUCAUCUGCUACUCAGGAAUCCUAAAAACAUUGCUCCGGUGUCGGAAUGAGAAGAAGAAGCACAAGGCAGUGAGAUUAAUCUUUGUGAUUAUGAUUGUUUACUUUCUCUUCUGGGCCCCCUAUAACCUGGUUCUCCUCUUAAACACAUUCCAAGCUUUCUUUGGUCUGGACAAUUGUGAGAGCUCCAAGAGGUUGGACCGAGCCAUACAAAUAACAGAGACCCUUGGAAUGACCCACUGCUGUAUCAACCCAGUGAUUUAUGCCUUUGUUGGAGAAAAGUUCAGGAGAUACCUCUCUACUUUCUUCCACAAAUACAUUGUACGGCGUUUCUGCAAACGCUGCCCCAUUUUCCAGGGGGAGGCACUUGACCGAGUGAGCUCAAUGUACACUCGAUCUACUGGGGAGCAAGACAUUUCUACUGGCCUGUGAAGUGGAUUUAUUACUGUACAUAUUGGUGUUUUUUAAUUUAAUAGAUUAUUUGCAUAAAUAUUUUAAAAUAA